GAAAAGGCCUAUUCGAACCUAUUGACUCAAUUUCAUAUGUGAACCAUGACUGUGUGUUGAAAAGAAUGUAAGCCGAGUGCGUGAGUGUGGGUAAGUCAAAAGUAUUAUAAAGUAUUCCUUUUAUCGAGGCGAUUUUGAAGACAGUGCAAGAAAAUAUGGCCACCAACUAUACACUAUUGUAUACAUACAAAAAGUAAGAAAAGAAAAAAGUCGAACACGAAACGGAAAGCCAAAUUAAGACAAUUUCGUUAUUUUCAAGUUGAAAUGACGAAAAAAAUGUUAGUGUUUGCAUAUUUUAAAGUGAACUCGUUUGAAAAAUAAAUAAAAUUGUUUCAACUAUAAACAUUUUCACGCUUUUUGGGGAUUCUAGAAUCGAAGACGAAAAAGUGAAGCGAACUGAUUCAAUGAGUUUGAUGUAUUUGUAUUGUUUGAAGUGCGCGAUUGUGUACACAAAGAUUUCACCAAAAUAUUAAAAACAACAUUUGGUUAUUCAAAUUCAUAAGCAAUUUUUGGUGUAUUUCAGUAUCCGUGAAUAUAUUCGUAAAACCUUACCAUUUUGAACACAUUCGAAGGAAGAACAAUAUUGGAAUUGAAAAGAGAAAAAAAAAUCACACGAAACCUGGUUGUUUUUGUUGUGGGCAGUUUUUCAAAAGACAUUUUUUUUCGCAUAUCUACUUAUUCAUGCAUUGCCAUAGCAAACCAAUGUAUUGAAUAGUUUUCAACUAUCACUUUGUGUAUAGCACACUACAUGGUCUGGAAAUGCAAACAAAAUAGAACUCCUUCAUUCAGAGUAAUACCACCAUCGGUGAAUGGUAGCAAUAUUGACUUGAUUUUUGCUGAAUAUUCGUGAAGUGCACAGUUUGGAUGAUGAUCAAAACGAUAUUGUGAUUAAAUUAAAAAUAAUAUAUAUGUGAAAAAAUGUCAUAAUUUGGUUGCGUUGAUUUAUUGUGAAUGAGCUAAACCUAAAUCGGAACAUUUCAAUUCCCAACAUUCAAACCAAUAUAACAAUGUCUCGCCGAAUGGCAAAUGAAUUUAAGCCACAAAUGGAUGGCAAUGUACCACAGCCCAAAAAGCGAAGAAAAGCUAACGCGAACGCGGCAAAUGCGAAUGCUGGAAAUAAUACAACUAAUACACCUCCAACGACGAAUACAAAUCAAAACAAUACACCGCCAAUCGGAAUGCCACCACAAGAUCUUGCACCUCCACCACCGAUUAGCACGUUCGGGGAUACAAUUGUCGCGUCAAACCCAUUUGAUGACACACCGCCAAGUGUGUAUCAAAAUGGAAUGAUGGCUCACGUACCGCAACAUCCGCACCAUGCAAUGCGUAAUGAUCCCAGUCAAUAUAUGCAGCCUCCCCAUUAUCCAAAUGCUCAUCCAAUGCCGACACCGCCACAGCGUAACAUGAUAAAUCCAUCAAUGGAACCUGGCUAUCAAAUGAACAAUCAACAACCAUCUCAUGUUCCAAUGAUUCCUCAUCCAAGAAAUGGUUCACAUCCACCAAUGCAUAUGCAUGGCGGUCCAAUGGCUCCACAUGGCAACAUGCAAAUGAAUGGAUCUUCUGCAUUACGGAGCAUACACCAAAUGAACAGUACAUUUGGCUUAGGUAAUCACAUGGACGGGCCUAUGCAUAAUAAUCGAGGAAUGAUGUUGCCUGGAAAUGGAAUGAAUGCAGGCGGAAUGAAUGCCAUGAAUGCAAACACAAAUUCCAAUAUGUCUUCCAUGAAUCCUUUGGGGCAGUUGGCUCAAAUGAACAAUACACCAAAUUCGCAUUUAAACAGCAUGAAUUCGCCGAACGGUUCGCGCAUGGGUAGUUCCAGCCCCAGCUUAGCGGUUAACUCAACGAACCCGAUGGGACUGAAUGGAAAUCGUGUACCGGGUAGCUCAAGUCCUCAUCUUGGAAUGAAUUCACCAAAUCCAGGUUCUCGCCUAGGAAAUAGCCCACUGAACAAUUUGAAUGCGAUGAACAACAUGAAUGCCCCGUCAAUGGGGAGUCCCAUCAAUCAGAAUCCACAUGUAAUGAAAAACAACGGCCAAAUGUGUCCACCCCUGAAUAGCUUGAAUAGUCUAAAUAGUCCACUCGGCAAUGUUCACCCUGGACAGCAAAUGAUGCCGCAACAAGGUCCACUACCACCGCCACGUGGUAUGAACAUGGCUAAUGGAAGCCAUGGCAAUCCAAUGAACCCAAUCAACCAAAACAUGAUGCAAGUACCACCAAAUCAGUCACCGCAGCAACAAAUGCAAUCUAUGCACGCGCAAAAUAUAAAUCGAAGCAAUAUGCCAAUAUCACCUAUUUCACCUAUGCCCCCGACAACAAAUUCACCAUUGUCGUCUCUAUCAUCAAUGUCACCGCUUUCAUCACUCUCAUCUUUGUCGUCAAUGGUUGGCCAACCUAACCAGCCCAUGUCGGGUGGACCGAAAAACAUGAAUCCGCAAGGGAUGAUGAACCCGCAUGGUCCAAAUACCAAUCCAAAUAUGCAGCCAUUUCAAUCACCGCACCAUCAACUAACACCUGGGAUGUCGCCGCAGGGUAAUACGGCUGGUAUGAAACUCGAUCACAUGAUGAUGAAACUUGAUCAACCGGGCAACUUUGAAAACACUAUGAUGAUGAAAGGCGAUCAAAUACCAAGCAAUCCGAAUUUCGACACCAGUGGCAAUAUGAAUAUGAUGAAAGGAGACCCAAUGGUGAAUUUCGACAACCCAAACCAUAUGAUGAUGAACAAUGUUAUGAAACAGAAUCAAUUGCCUCCGUCACAAUGCUUGCCACCCAAUAAUAUGGGCCAUAACUUCUCCAUGCAACAUCAAACAAUGCCACCAUGCAAUUACAAUAUCAGUCCGAAUAUGACCAAUAAGCCGUACAUAACCAACUCACAAAAUCCAAGUGCACCACCAACAUACACAUGCGGAAAGUGUCUCAAAGAAGUCAACGACAAUGACGAAGCGCUGUUUUGCGAAAGCAGCUGUAAAUUUUUCUAUCAUCGGAUUUGCGUUAACUUGAGCGAAGCAGAAUUUCAACGUUGCAUUAAGGAUGUAAAUACGGAAUGGAAGUGUCCGAAAUGUCUUGAUUCAGCGACAUCUUCACCAGCAAUGAAAUUAAAAUCUUGAAAUCGAACAAGGUCGUUGAGCAGGCAUCUCUCCCCAAUUGUCAUCUCUUUCGCGUUCUUACUAGUGAAGUUUUUAUUUUUCAAUUAGUUUUAUCAUUACAAAACUAUAUAUGUAUAUGUUUAUUUUCGCGUAAUUUUACAUUUGACUUAAAACUUAAAAAACUUUUGCCGUCUUUUUAUGCACAUUACAUUUUUUUUAUAAUUAUUUAAUCUUUCUUUAUAACUUAUCCAUUUCAGUUUUACUAUGAAUCUACUUAAUUGAACGAAAAUUAAAAUCGUAUUGAGAUCAUAUUAUGUUAUGCAACGAAAAAGUGGUGAUAAAAUGGCGUUUAUGUCAUAAAUGAGAACCCACAUUGCAAUAAAAAAUAGCAACUAUAAUCUUUUUCGAAAUGCUAGCAAUUAGGUAAGAAAGCUCUUCCGAAAUUGCUUCAUCUCGAAAUGAACAAUAAUUUAGCGCAUAAAAAUAAUUGAAAAAAUUAUUUAAUUUCUAAAUGUAACAACAAUCUAAAGAACGAACACAAAGAAUACAGACACAAAAAGGUAAAUUAAAGUAAUGUUUAUAUUAUUAUGAAUUGAAAGUUUCUAUCUCAAAUGCCUUUUAUUCGUGUAAACAAGAUUAGAAAUGUUCUCUUUCGUGAGCAGCAGCAUAUGGAGAUAUUUGCUAAACUUAAGUAAUUAUACAACGUUUAAAUAAUUAAGAAGAAAAGUAAAUUUAAAGUUUUUGAACAAUGAGAUGGACAAAUGAUAAUUAUUGCUGUAUCAAAUUCAUGUUUUCUUCUUAUUUUUCUUUUGUAAAGAUAAAUUUAGUGCCGUGAGAUAUUGUACUACUCAUUUUUAAAUUAAUUUUGACACAAUGUACAAAUAAUUCACGCAAAUAAAAAAAUUUAUUAAUGAUAAACAAAA